GACAGGCACGAGCGCAUAUUUACGCAGGCAAAGGUAGGAUUCGUACGUGAACUCUACGCCAUAGUUUGACGUCUUGAUGUCUAUUAUUAACUGCAAUUGUAAUUGACAUCGUGCUGCGUACUUUGGGUGGGGCACUCGCAAGACAUGAUCAGCGCACUUGUCUUACUCGGCAUCUUCUUGGCCGCAAACGACGCCAGAGCGGAUCUAUUCGACUUGGGUGGUGGUUUUGAUCAUGACGGCGAUGCUUUCGGGGAUUCACUCGGUAAUUUGAUUGGCGACGCCACGCAGACAGCUGUCAAGAAUUACAAAGGCCUUUCCAAGGACCUGAAGGACGCACUUGGAAAUAGCAAAAAGUUGUUAUCUCUUUCUGACAAGGAUUUUGCGUCUAUUCCUCUUGAUGUUCUCAGUGAUCUAAAGGAUUCAGUGCUGUCACAGUUUGAUGCCAAACGUUUGGAAGCUUUGAUUCCAAACAUUUCAACAGCCUCUAGUUCUGUUGUCAAUAAGUUUCUGCAUCGAAUUCCGGAUGAGGCCUUUACAGGCAACUUAGAAAAACUAUCAAAACUUCGUUUGUCUGUGGGUCAGUACUACGCUUUUGGUAAAAAGGCUUUAAAAUCAUUUGGCAAGGACGUCUCUCGAUGGACGAGUGAUCAAAUUCGUUCUUUGGGUAACAUGAACUUUGGCCUGUCAAUGAGUGAUCUGAGCAAGCUACCAACAACUAACUUUAAGGACACGAUUAGUUAUUUAAAUGGUUUGGAAGAUGGUAAUGGUGGUAAGUUUACUAAAUCCCAAGUGUUUGGCAUGAUGAAAAGUGCUAAGAAAGCUUGGGGAAGAGUGUCAACAUGGAGUUCUGAUAAAUUGAAGUCAAUGGCGUCGCUGUCUAAUCGUAUUCCUGUACAGGAUAUUGCUCAACUCGAUCCCACUAACCUUGCUAGUGUUGCUAAGGAGUGGGCAGAUAGGUGGGAAUAUGGUACCGAGCCAAGUUUGAAGCUAGGAAAAUCUGAGGUGAUUGAGAAACUAAAAGCCUCAUGGGGAGACGUCAGCAGCUGGACUAAGAAGAAUUUAGAAAACCUUAAACCGUUGCUAGAGGGAAUGUCAGUAAAGGAUGUUCGAUCUUUGAAAUCAAGUCAGUUUGCUAUGUCAAUGGGUGCCUUUCUUAAAGACGACCUCGAUUGGUCUUGGCAACAUCUGCAUGCCAUGGCUGCAAAGGGAAAGGAGAAUAUGUCUGAUUUUUCACAGCUUGACAUUAAAGCAAUCAAAGAAGCAAGACGUUUUUUCCCUGGCCUUUUGGUUAGUGAUUUGAAAAAGCUCAAUGGUGCAUAUCUUCGAGAUGCACUGCCACAAGUUGCUGAAUGUUUUCGUGGUGUACAAGACAGCUUUUCUCAGGUGGAAGUACUGUUACGUAAAGUUUCUUCAAAUUCGUCUAAGAUUCCUGAUGAUCGUUCUCGGUGGGAUGAGGAUGUGUUGGAUGAUCUACGCUGUCUUAGUCGUGGCUUACUCUGUGGCGAGUUUAAUAAUAUAAAUGAUAAAGAAUUGAAAGAUUCAAAGGUUUCUAAACUGGAUGCAACAUGGUCAGUACCUCAACUGUGGCAAUUAGUGAAGAAGUUUCAACCUAUCAAUAAUCUUGGAGAUCUUAAGAAGCUUGUUUACGGUGUCAACACAGACGAUCUUCUUAAACUUUCUUUUAGCCAAAUGGAUCUUGAGAACAUUGAUAAAGAUGGAUACGACAAAAUGACUCGUCCACAGUUACUAGCAUUGCUGGACCGUUUAAAAGUUGGUCGGUCUGAUCUAAGUGAUGAGUCUAAAUGGGGCUGGCAGACAAUAAAAAAUUUUGGACGAGUACUAUUUGCACUUUCUCCUCAAGAAGUGUCAAGUCUUCCUGCUGAGAGUUAUGAGGAUAUUGUUCAAGCUGCCUCAACAGCGAAAGGGUUGACUGAGGGUCAGGCUAAAGCAAUAUGGAUGACAGUUAGAAAACGAAUGAAUAUCACGUCUUCUGCACAAUUUGUUAACGUAACUAACAAAGACAUUGCUGUACUUGGACCACUUGUGAUGCACAUGGGGUUGAAAGACCUUUACCAACUUGAUGCAACAGCUUGCAUGCAGGCUGUUGAACAGAUGGGAGAAACGGAUGAGUUAAGCAUUCGCACCAGUUCAGAAAGACGUGCUGCGUUAGCUCAAUUUGCAAUAAAUUGUUUGAAAAAAGAAGAUCCUAACUUGACAUCAUUGAGUACAGAUCACAUUUUCUUGUUGGGACGUCUUCUUGCCAACCUUGACAGCAGUGCCCUAGCUAUGUUAGGAAAAUCUGCUGUGUCCGAGUCACUUAGCUUUAUUGGAUCUCUUGCGAGAAGUGCUAAUCCUGCUGAAGUACAGACACUUGCUAACCUUAUCAAGAAAUACUGGAAUGUUGGAGAUCUCACUGCAGAUCAACUUGUUAAAUUUGGCCAUACAUUGAAAGGAUUCUCUUCUUCAGACAUUAGUGGAAUGAACAAACAAGCUAUAGCUGAUGCAAUGGAAGAUAUUGGGAUUGGAUCAGAUGUCAAGUUGUCGUCUGAUCAAUCUGCUGCUGUGCUCGCAAAGAUUAAGGCUACUUGGGGGCAAAAUGUUGGUCAGUGGGGAGCAGAUCGUGUUCUCCGGUUGGGUCGGCUUGUUUCAUCGUUGAGCUCAGCUGACUUAAGUUCACUUCUACCAGAUCAGUUUGAUGAUCUUGUUGACUAUUUGGGACAGGAAGAUGAUCUUAGUGAUGAACAGAUUUCUGCUCUAGUGGAUGUUGCUAAAAAGACUUGGGGAGAUUUUCGUAAUUAUACAACAUCUCAAUUUAGGCGCCUUGGUUAUCUUGCAGUUGGUCUUGGUUUGGAUCGAAGUCAGAUAGCAAUGCUGACAGGGGAAAACUUGGGUUGCAGUGAUACUGGAUAUGCUCUAGGACGAUUGUCUAAAUGGACAAAGACUCAGAGUAAAGAAUUUGUCAAGUUUGUGAAAAGGACUAUUUUUUCAUCAGAUGUUUCGUCCUGGAGUGAAUUCGAAUUGACAGUACUUGGCAAUAUCACUUCUGGUCUGAAUGUCAGUGAACUUGAGUCACUUAAAGCUGCAACUCUCAGCCGAGGGCUUAGUGUGCUUGGUAAUGUUGUCGGGUUUUCUGAUGAUCAACAAUCUGCAAUUGUCACUAAACUGAAAGGGUCAGCUGCUUUGGGUCGAGUGAUUCAGUGGAAAAGAUCACAGAUUUAUGAAGCUGGAAAUCUGCUGAAGGGUUUGCCUACCGAUGACAUUAGAUCUCUUAGUGCAGACCAAUUGGGUGCAAUUGAUCAGUCGAAACUUGUUCAACUUGGAUCCAAUUUUUUCUCAUCAAUGACCUCAGACCAACUGUCAAGCUUGGAACCUCAACAAGCUCGAGCAGUCAGUGCAGCUUAUUCUUCUGAAUUAUCUGCCGAGCAAACAACUGCUCUGGCACAAGCAACUGAUGAUGACUUAAGCUUGGGAGAUGAGGUCCCUACGCCAAAACCGAGUGCUAGUCUUGGUGGUUUCGCUUCAAUGCUGACAGUGUUGUUGUUUCUUAUCGGUCCUGUGAUGAUCUAGAAGACAUACACAAAUGAUUUGCAACUGUUUCUGUGUUGUAGAGGCUUCUACAAGCUUGCAAUACUGCAUUUGAUUGUUUUAGCUGGAGUUCUAAAUGUGAACAUUGUUAUCAGUAGCUUUAGCAAGGCGGUGUGCUUGUUUGAUGUUAAAGUUUUAGUCUGUGCAAAGUGUGUGCUCAUAUUGCAGUCUAGCUUCAAAUUAUAGUGAGAGUGAACAAAUUUAGCAGAAAUACUGGAAAGUAUUUUUGUUUCAACAAUG